AUGCUGGAGGAUCAGAUUUUGUUGAAAUCAAACCGCAACGAGAUCCACAACAUCUCCAAAGCCGCUGCUAAAUAUUCCGGAUUCUUGCAAACAUAUUCCACUUUUGAUGAAGCCACACUAAACAACAUUCAACCAAUUUAUUUGGCUAAUGUUUCAAGUAAAAUGUUGACUUUGAUCAUUUCUUGGUGUGAAUACCAUGCUGACAACGAAAAUCGAGAUUCUGUCACCCGUUGGGAGGAGGAUUUUGUCAACAAAUUGUCGAGAGCCGUCAUUUUGGAGUUGAUCAUCGCAAGCUCUCAUCUAAUGGUCGCCGAUCUGAAUUAUCGUUGUUGUCGCUGGGUUCUUGAUUCAAUCAAGGGCAAACCCCUGGAAGAGAUUCGCAAAUUCUUCCAAUAUAAAACUGGAACGGGACAUUUCAGAGCCACACCGAACUCCUCGGCAGCUCCAGAAAAAAUGAGCAACGCACUCGGUUGGAUAUCCUCUGGAGGCUCGAUUGCAGCUAUCCUCAUCUGCCUCUUCUACACUCCAUACUUGUGGGGACAGAUUGAGGAGGUUCAAAAUGAGAUCCAAAUGCGCAACGAUCGUGCCAGAGUCAAGGAGAUGGAGGUCUUGGAUGCGUUGAAGCUUGCCCGUGCCAGCACAGGCCGCAGUCGUCAUGGCCGUAGCGCCUGGGAUUCUGGAUCGUCUUCCCGCGAAUCUGCCCCACCAGCCUGGAACGGAAACCGCGGCGGUGGCGGAGGUGGCGGAUACGGAGGACAAUGCUCUUGCGACUCAUACAAUAACUGCCCCGCUGGACCACCAGGGCCCCCUGGAAGCCCCGGAGAGAACGGAUAUCCUGGAUCACCUGGAGGCCGUGGAGAGCCCGGAGCACCCGGACAAGCCCCACAAGGACACGAUGAUGGAUCUGGUUGCAAGCGUUGCCCUGGUGGACUCCCUGGUGCCCCUGGUGCCCCUGGACGCGAUGGAGCCCCCGGAGACCAAGGAGCCCCUGGACAAGAUGGAGACUCGUCGCCAGCUCCCGAGGGACCUGCUGGACAGCCUGGAAACGAUGGAGCCCCCGGACAGCCUGGAUCCGAUGGAGCACCGGGACAACCUGGACAAAAUGGAUCUCGUGGAACCCCCGGACCCCAAGGACCAUCCGGAGCCCCCGGACAACCUGGAGGCCGUGGAGCUCCCGGAGACAACGGAGCCGCUGGAGCCCCUGGCCAACCCGGACAAAACGGAGGAAACGGACGCCCAGGAGGCCCUGGAAGCCCUGGAGGCCGUGGCCACGAUGGAGGACCCGGACAACCCGGAGGUCAAGGCAGAGAUGCCAACUACUGUCCCUGCCCUCGUCGUUUUGCCGCCAAGCAC